AAUUAUUAAAAUAGAUAUUUUUUUUUUUUUUAAAUAGAUCUAAAUUAGGAGCAUGGGCUCCAGUCAAAGUGCACGUAAGCUCACAAUCGAUAACGAAGAAGGAAUUAUUCAGAUAUCAACAGAUUUAGUCGAACGAUUGGCACGGAAUAGUAAAGACAAAAGUGUAUCAGCUGAUGUUGCCGGUGACGUAAAGUCGUCAAAACCAUCUAGGACUGACAGUGCUUCUUCUCAGCAAAGUUAUGCCGAUGACAAUUUAAAGUCGAGUCCCAAAGCCGCUCCGAGUGUUAUUCCUCCUGUUCCUGCUCCUGUAACACCAAUGCGUAGUCUACCUACUCGCAAAGAGAGCUUGCCAAAAUCGGACUAUUCAGGUCAACUGUACUCCGAUUACACUCUGACAGCCAUGAAAGUAUUACAUCAAAAAGAAGAUGAACUUCAAGCUCAGGAUCACUACUGGAGAGAACGCUUACAAAAAAUUCACGGGCAGUAUGAAAAAAUAAACAGGGUUUUUCAGGAUGAGUAUAAUCGUGCUAAGGAACAAAUUGCAAAUGCUCCAGGCAAUAAAAAUGUUAACAUUGACAUAACAGUUGCGCCGUGUAGUGAUAAAAAGAAAAAAGUACUUGAAUGUUACCAAGAGAAUCCCCGUCAGAUACUGAAAUGUGCGAGUGUUGUUGAAGAGUUUAGCAAUUGCGUGGACAAAUGUCGAGCUAAUAUUAUUGCUGCUCGAUGCUAAUAUCCUACCUGGUUAUUAUUUCCGCAGCCAAUAACUAAUUUGUUCUUGAAAAAGAGUAACAAAGUCUAGUUCGCAAUUAUGUAAUGUUUUUAAUAGACAUAAAAUUGAUUUAAAUUUAUUAAUA